GGUGCCCUUGGCCGACCGUCGGAUGAUGUCCUGCAACUUCAACCUGGCACUUUCAUUCGAGGAGAUUCGAGAAGCUGACGAAAGCACACUGCACACUGUCGGAGGAUGAUGAUUGUGAGUGUCGAACGGCACGGCACGGUAGUGCUUGGUGCUGCAAGUGUUCGUUUUGGUCUACGAUCAGCUCAAGCUUACUCCCGCGAAUGCUGCUCUGAAAGUUAUGGGCUGCGUUAUGGGUGGGUGGAUGGUUGAAGUAUCGGCUGAGGGAGUUGGAGUCGAAACGGUCAGUGAACUUGAGGUGCAGUGCAGCUGAUGAUGGCAGACUUCGUGCGGUGUCAGGUACCCGAUAUCUACGGGCACUGUGCGGCCAUGACACCCGUUGUUUGUAAGUUGCUGACUAUCCCAAAGCACUAUACCCUGAUUGAUGCAGUACUUGUCUGAGCGCACUGCGAGAAUAGCAGCAUAUAACGACCACAGCACCAUAAAUCAAGUCAGAUAUAUGCCUGAGAUUGAGCCAGUGCUGCCUGUGGUCAUGGUGGUGACGGCCGCAGUCUCCGUCUCACUGUCAGAGAUCCGUCGGUGACCCAGUCCACAGUAACUGCAGUGGAUGCAAUAGCGCUGUCACUGUCUAGAGCCGCCUAUGAGAAGCCUAUAAGACCCCAAGCGGUGAGGACAGGACUGUGGCAUAUUAUGCGCAGAACAACAAAGAUUGGGCUUACAUUUGUGUCGUUCAUGUUAUCUGUCUCCUUUCUUGAGCCAACUCUUGGAGCAAUAGUUGGAUAUUGUAGAGUUAGAGACGACCUUGGCUGGCGUUUGUCUAAGCAGUCUCUUAUUAAUAUUCUGAUGAUUCCAAAGGUAGGGGAGGUAAUAGCAGGAGAGUUCACACACACACACACACACACACACACAUAUAUAUAUAUAUAUAUCUGAUACACGAACGCCUUGCGUCUAACACUAUGCCUGGACUGCACCGCCCUGCAUAUUGCUCACCUCAAUAUCCUGGACAGCGCAAUAUACUGGUACAGUACCUAUGUCAACGACGGCAGAUUAUCUACAAACAGUUCAAUUUGUGCGGUGAACACUGCAGCUUCGACCUCGUCCACCGUCCCCAUUUCCACUACUGUCUGCUGCAAGUUCCUUAGGUAGGUGCCAGCCAUCCGGACUAUUCCAGCACACCGCUUCCUCAAUCGCCGGAUGCCCCAUCAGCUUGAUUGUAGUGCAUGCUGCACUGUGCUGUAUGCGCUGUUCAAUGCCCCCUCAGGGACACCAGCUCUAGCAUCGAACGGUGCCAGUGCCUUCGCCGACAUGGAAGCAUGUGCUUUUCCAUCGUCGACUGUUGAUGACGACUAACCCCCCUGGAGCACGGCCAAAGUUACACGGCAUUCAGAUGCCUGCAUGAAUACGCGCAUCAGGUGUGUAACAAAGGCAUGACUGGGUGCCGGGUGCGAUAUAGGCCAAGAGAAACUGGCUCGCAGCGUCAUCAUCAUCACCGCAUGCCCAUUUACCGACAGCUACAUAUCCUCGAUUCAACACGGUACUCGUGUCGGCCCUCAGCAGAUCGUCGACCAGCAUGCUUGUUCGAUUCGGUUAUCCUCCGUCCUGCUCCGCUUAAGUGUUGCUGCGCCAAAGAGAGCCAUUCCUCCGCGUUGGAGGAGGGCCGUAGAAGUCAAUGUUUGGCAACGGAUUCAUGUCUGUCGCGAUUUCCCGGACCUGUCCUGAGGAUCUGCCGGCACCAGAUGCCACAUCAGAGAUACUUCAUCGGUAAGACAUCUUCGCGACCAUCCAUUUGCUUACACUUCCUAUCAACCCGCUGCAGGUUACCGAUGCAGUGGCGAGGGUGCCAGGGGCCGAGCUUCCACGCUCGAACAUGGCAUGGUUGACAACUUGACACUAUGGCCGGUUGUGCGACGUCUCUAGUCCAGACCCCCUGGCCCAAGCUGCUGUAUCGGUGCCACCGCUGAUUGCCGGAUAUGCAUCAUGCUCGAUACAAUAUUGUCUUUCGAGCCUUUAUAACCACUCGAUGGAGCACGAGUGACGGGAUAUUUGCCCAAAGCCACGAACUUCAUGGUCUGAAAUGGACUACUUCUUUCGGUUGGGCAUUGUGCAGACGGGAAGUUGCCGUUGCCAGGCAAGCAGGGUGAGCGUCGGCGAUAUUCUUCCAGCCUCGUGGCAUGUGAAAAACGGGAUUGAUUCCAAUGCAAAUGCCAUGAACUGUGGAUGAGUCAGUGUCACGCCGGGUCUCGAGUACUGUCCUUCCGCUGUGCUUCAGAUCACACCCUGAGCCGUGUUCGUCAAUAUCUGCGCUGGCGGCUGGCAGAAUAUGUGACAAGAUAUGAUUACUCGUUAGGGGUUGAGCGAGGAGCAAUUUGGAUGCCCAUGCAUGAACAUGAUAAUCACAUGGUCCUCAAUUUCAAGCUAGGGAUGAGUUUGCUUUACGGCGGCUGUCGCUCGUAAGUACAGGUAGAAGAUUCAGUAAAGGCGUGCGACAGAGGAGCACUCAGAAGAAACCAAAUAUUGGAAUCAGUGGCCGCUUUCUCACGAAGUGUUAUACUCUAAUCCUAUAUAUCCAACACCGGCUGCACGGCCAUUGAUUCAAAAUGUUGC